GACAGACAGAAGGGGUGGAGGAAGAUAUCAGGGUGGAGUUUGUCAAGUGAUGUGUGAAUGAAAAGGAAGGUUUCUACACAUUCAGGAGAGAGAAACAGAGGUAGAGAACUUGACUGCAACCUCCUCUUACAGACAGCUGGAGAGAAACGCACACUGACUCAUCUCACACCAUCACAGUAUAAUCUCAACUCGGUUUUAUUAUGCCAUCAAAAACACUCGCCAGCACAGCAGACGAGAGCAUCGCUGUGCAAACUGAGGAGAGCGUGGAUGUGACACGCAGCUGUCAUGUUAAAGAUCAAUGUGAGAUGGACUUUGAUGAGUGGAAGGAAACCAGAGCUCAGACACCAUUACCCAGAAACCUCAGAUUUACACAUCACAAUCAGAAGGUGCUGGGUGUUUUUACCAGAGAGGUCAUUCCUGUAGGGACCCGGUUCGGCCCGUUGCAGGGAGAACAUCUCCACCCUGAAGACAUAUCUGCAAACAUCAACCGGAAACACAUCUGGAUGAUCUUCUCGGAGGGGCGUUUACAUCACUUCCUGUCUUGUGAGGAUGAGAGUGACAGCAAUUGGAUGUGCUUUGUAAAUUCUGCCCCGUCUCCUUGGCAACAGAAUCUUGCCGGAUUCCAAAUUGGAAUGCAGGUAUACUUCUAUGCAGUGAAGGAUCUAAUGCCGGGGGAGGAGCUACUAGUGGGGCGGAGCUUAGAAUACAAGCGGCCAAUGAGCACCAGCCUCAGAACACCCUGUCUGAAGCAGCCACCUCCAACACACCCUCAUUCUCAAGAUAAAAAUCAAGUGAUGAAGAGAAAGAAAGGUUAUACCGUCACUGAGAUCCUGGAUCUGAAUCCCUGGACUGAUCAUCACAUUCAAACUCCGCUUAUCACACAAUCUAAAUAUGGGGAAAAAGUGACCAGAGACCUGCAGAAUCCUAAAUUACCUCCAUCUUUGAUGACUAAUAGCAUCUCUGACAUUCCUUUAAACGUAGGAGGACAUGUAUACACCCCUGCUAUCCCACAAUCCGCUAUGCCAAGCAAUGCAACCGAUCCCUCUCCUGGGGAAGUAUCCAAUGUGGAUGACACCACAGCCAAGAGAGUCUCCUCCUCCUCCGUCACACACGUCACAGAGUCUCAGAAGAAACAGACUGCAGGGUACAAGGCUUUACCGUAUCCACUGCAGAGACAGAACGGAAAGAUCCAGUAUGAAUGUAAUGUGUGCGGGAAGAACUUCAGUCAACUGUCAAACCUGAAGGUGCACUUGAGGGUUCACAGUGGUGAGAAGCCGUACAGGUGUGAAAUCUGCAGAAGGAAUUUCACCCAGCUGGCUCACCUUCAGAAGCACAUCCAGGUUCAUACGGGAGAGAAACCACACCAAUGCCAUGUGUGUAACAGGCGUUUCAGCAGCUGCAGUAACCUGAAGACUCACCUGCGCCUGCACUCAGGGGAGCGCCCGUAUGUGUGUAAGCAGUGUCCCGCCAGCUUCACCCAGCACAUCCACCUGCGCCUCCACAGACGCCUGCACGCCACCCCACGCUCACACCAGUGCCCGCAGUGCCCUCGCAGGUACACACACCUGUGCAGCCUACAGAUCCACCGCCAGCAGUUCUGUCCCGCCUCCAGCGGCACAGGCUCCGCCUCUCAGCUGGACUCAGCCAAUGACGAGAUCGAGAGGUUUGACCUCAGCGAAGGUGCAGAGAGCCUUGAGGUCGAUAUGGAGGCGGAGUCUAUAAAGAGGAUGUGUCGGGUGAUCUGGACUCAGGUGCUUGCUGGGUAGAACAGGUCCACAUAAAACAAGAAUGAAUUGUCCAUGCAACCCUCUUUUCUCUAAAGGUUUUCAACAAGAAGGUGAUAUUUGUAAGAGAUGCUGAUUUCCUGUUUUAUAGUUUUAUAUAUGCGUUUCAUUUAUAUACUAUACAUACAUUUUUUAUUGUUUUUG